CUGCUCCAACAUCCUGAUGACGGUUUUCCGGUUUAAUUUCUCUUUUUUCAGUGUAAACACAAGAAACCAACAUUCAUCUGCACGGAUAAUCCCAACUCGCUGUCUGCUGUUGAAACCUAAAUUACAAACUCGUUGACUUGUAACUUUGAGAGUUAACUUUAAUGCAAAAAAACGACGCUUUUCUCUCUGUUUUACGCACCAGCUUUUCACGUUAAUGACAGCAAACUCUCUGCUAACAGUCUGUUAAGCUAACCGUGCAAACAUUUGCUUCAGUCUGCUGAGUCCUGUCCCCCUCAGAGAGCAGAGGAGCCUCUCAUGGUGGUCUCACAUCGAUGGGGAACUGCCUGUUUUCUCAAGGGGCGGAUGACCUGUCGCUGCUGAACGAGUCCGAGGGGGGCAGUCUGCCUGGAGAGCCUCCUCCACCCUACCAGGUGAGCUGCCGGGGCUCGAGUUAAAUCGAACCCGGGGAUCUGGAGCGCUGCACCUGGGCCGUUUUUUCUAAGAUUUCACUUCCACUGAGUUUUUCAUGAUCCGUUUGCCUGUCAGCUCAAACCUCGGAUCAUGCUGGUCAUGUAGACUGGAGAUCGGGUUAUUUACCUCCAUUUCAAAGUUAGCACACCUGUUGCUUUAGUCAUCAUCUUAAAGGGAUAUUCCGGCGUAAAAAUGUGUUAGGGUCAAACACACCGUAACACAAAGUUAGACACCCUAUCGAGAGAUGAAUGUUGCCGACCGCUUUAUUCUCUAGUUAUACCAACAUUAGUAACGACCGCACGACAGCAAUACACAGCAGUCUGAGGAGCCAGAAACAAACCUCAACUAAAACGCCACUCUAUAGCCACAAAUAAUGUUCAGAACAGCGCCUAACUUCAUCAACAGUACAUAAAGGGUCCCAGCCAUAGUACUAGCCACCAAACAUCUUUCUACCUUUGCCGAAUUUCUUUAGCAAAGAGACUAAACACAACUCACCCACUCUCCUUCAGCAGCCGCUUGUUUGUAGUGAGACCUCGGGCCAGUCCAUUACGGACUGCUGCGGGGUGACGCAGCUCAAGGAAGAACAUUUAUGAUCAUUACUUUAUCAUUUCCUUGAAGUUAUAAUCACCAUAUUAAACAUUUUGCACUGCAGACGCCGUAGUUUUUCAGCCUUAACGUCCCGGUCUGAUUGCAUUUCCAUGAAGAAAUGAUCAUACAAACAAGCGGCUGCUGGAGGAGAGAAGGUAAAUUGAAGCAUCUUUUUAUUACUAUGGCCCCCGUCUACGGUACAGCUUACCUGAAGACCUGAGGACUGCACCUAAUAUUAACGACUUUGAAACCAAACUCAAAACAUACCUUUUAAGUUUUGCAUUUAACUAAAUUUUAUAUCAUUAAUUUUGUUUAAGUAUUUUAGCAUUUAUCUCUUCUAGUUUUAAUGACAGGAUCGAAAAUCGAAUUUUAUUCUGAAACUGCUGUGCUUCUACUUUGUGUGAACAAGCAACGUGAUUUUAAAGUUAGGAUAUCUGAGGUUUACUGGUGUUUAGUGAAGUGAACUAUGUCCCACUUUUCUGUGCUGUUGCCUUCAGAUAAAUCCAUAACAAAGGAGUGUUUCUCAUCCACACGUUCUGAAACACAGUCAGGAGUCUGCAUAUGGUGUUUCAUUUUGGAAUUUCCACGUGUUAUUUCUAGGAGCAAACUCAGCCGGCACCAGUGUACCAUCCCAACCCAGGUGAGAGUCGUCUGGUUUACCAGCUGACGGAGGAGGAGCAGGUUCGCAUUGCUCAGCGUAUUGGUCUCAUUCAGCACCUGCCCAGAGGCAUUUUUGACCCAGGCUCCGACCCCUCUGACAAGAAAGUCAAAGAGUAAGUUUGAGAUUGGAAAACUGCAUCACACACACACCGAACAUUUUCCUUCUUUUCUCCCUCAUAAAGCAGAAUUUCGCUUUUAAUGGAAUGAAAGUGGAGAUCUAAGUAUGGCGGUGUUGGGGAAGGUAUAUGUAGCGACUGCUUUCCUCCAACAAAAAAAGGCCGCUGGGGUUUAGGUUCACUUGCAUUUGUGACUUGCUUGAAUGAUCAGUCCGAUUUGAGUGUUAGAAAAAAUGAUUUAUCGUUCAAAAAAGGGAAAGACAACACGCUGAUCUGGGUCCAAUACUUUUGCCUUCAACUAAAAAGAUGAAAUGAGGUUAAAACAGGAUGGAUGAAUGAAGCGGUGAAAACAAUAAGAAACGAUCAAAACGGUCAACAGAAAAUUAUCAGUGCUUACCAAACCUAUAGUCUGACUACACCUGAGUCUUUAAAUAACCCGCCAAACAUCCCAAAACCACACCCCUCAGUGACAUACCUACAGAAAUAAAACUUUCAAUAAUUAUAUUUUGGCUCCUACAGUAUAGAUGGAAGCGAUGGAAAAGAUCCACCAAGGCUCGAUUAAUCCUAGAUUACAGUCAUCCAUUACAGACCUUAAAAAAAAGAUGGACAAAUUGUUUACUCAUUUUUCAGAUAUUUGUGACAGAUGGUAGUAGUUAAAGUUGUAAAGGGCUCUCUUGGUCGUGUCUUAAGAUAGUCCCCCUUUGGAAGGAUAUUUUUGGCUUGAACUGCAGCAUCUACGUCGAAAAUAUCGAACCUGAUGACCUUGUUUACAUGCUCUGACGGCUCUCUUAAAAUACCACAUGCUGUUAGAAGACUCAUGAACGGUAUGUUAGUGGCUAAGAGAAUAACUCUUAAAUAUUGCAAGGUUACUAGCCUUGUUUUCUAGAUGAUUUGGGAAGCUAGUGUUGGGAAUACAUCCAUACAGGCGCUGUGGUCACACAGACACUGCCUGAUGGAAAUUUUACGAGGCAUCUCCCGUUUUGUUCUGUGCUGUUUUGUUUUACAGUGUGGGGUUUUUGUGUCUGUUAGAUUCGUGGUUGUAUGGUACUCAUAUUGUCUCAAAUAUCUUACAAUUUGGCAAAUAAAUUCAGAAUUUGAAGACCUGCACUGCCUUAAAUCACUGUUGUCUGUGUUAUUUUGUUUAUUUGACUGUGAUAUUGAAUGACUGGAGCAUAUAAGUGAAUUGCAAAGUAACUAAGCAAAACUCGAGUUAAAUGUUUUCACAUAAGCUCAAUUGGGUGUUUCAAAAAUCACUGUAUGGCCUAAUUUGUGGUAGUAUUUAGGUUAAUCAGGAUAAGGUUUUUUUUUCUUUGAACAAUACUUACUGCUCAGUCUGUUGCAUCAUAACCUAUUCACCAUAUUUGGAAAUCUGUAAAGCACUCAAUUUGUCUGGCCUAAUUUUACAAAAAUAACAGACUGUUUCUCUCUCCUCCAGGUGUGUGAUCUGCAUGAUGGAUUUUGAGUACGGCGAUCCUAUCCGGUUUCUACCCUGCCUUCACAUCUACCACGUGGAUUGCAUCGAUCCUUGGCUGAUGCGUUCUUUCACCUGUCCCUCCUGUAUGGAGCCAGUAGAUGCGGCUUUGCUGUCCUCCUAUGAAACCAACUGAGCCACCGUGUGAUGGCGGCUUCUGCCUGAUGAAAGCAAAACUGCAUCUGUCUUAGCUGAAACUGUCCUCGCUGUUCAAACAGGUAGCCAAGGUCUGAAGCACUGGGAGGGUUUGUUAAGAGGCAGUUCCGUGUUAAAAACAGUGCCCUAAAGUGUGUUGGUUUGCUCUUUUAUGCACCUAUCUGGGCUUUAGAAACUCUUUGCCUUUCACUGUAGGACAAUGUGCCAAAUCAAGAUACAUGAGAACAUUGAAAGCUGUACACGUAGCAAAAUUUUUAUUGCAAAGUGAUUUCACUUUUUUAUGACUGGAAGUCUGUUGUAAUGUCUGAUUUCUUACGGUGAUAAGAUGCAUGUCAUCAGUGUAAUUUAUCCCCCGCCCCCUCCUGGUGUAAUGUGCAAUAUGUUUUAUUCCUGGAGAUAUGAACAGAGAUUGAAGAUAUUGGGCUCUAUUUUUGUGCCCGCCGACGGCACGGCGGAGGGUGACGGACCCCGCGCAGUGGUAUUUUCGUUUGGCAGAGCCCGGCGCACAGCCAGUUUGGUAUUUACGUGGAGGUUCGCCAAGCUGGGCGUGGUGGCACGGUAGGGGGAGGUGUCGACAGAAUCAGCUGGCACAGUGACAUUUUCGUGCGUAGAAGCGUAGAAAGUGCGCUGAAAGCUCGGCGAUUCAGACCUGGUCAGCUUUCAGUGCAGGCGGAGCGCAGCUGGUAUUUUGGUAGACCAGCAGCGUAUCGGCAUAUGUCACUGAUGCCUCACCGGCAGGUUUCCACAGUGUCAGGCACAUUUCAGUGCAUUAAGUAAUCAACAACCAAUAUUCUGAGUCAGCACACACAUUUAGAUCUAUGGAUAUAUUCUGAUCUAUAUCUGAUCUGAUGAGCGUGUUUGGCACGCUUUUAGACACACAACCUGACCGAAUCAUCACAGCUGAAACCGCAUUAAAUUAAAUUAAUUAUCUAGUAGACACACAUAAUAAAGUUAACAAGAUAUGAAAUUCGUCUACCCCCUAUUUCUGUCUUCCUCUUCCUCUUAUUUCUGGCGCAGCUCAACCUAGACAUAUCUCUGUGUCCUCUCCCCGUCCCGCUGCAGCUGCUUCUGCUGCGGCGACUGAACAGAGGAUUUGUUUCAGUGAUCAGAAGAGUUUUUUACUUUAAACCCACAAACGAAUACUAUAAUAUUCAGUUUUUUGAGUCAAAUUUAUUUUAUAUGCCAACACCAAUGAAAGAAAGAGCCAGGCCACGGAGCGCGAUGCAUUGUUACGCACAGAUGGUUCCGAUUUUAAUGCCAUUAUUGGAGUUUAUGUUGUGAUCUGUGCGCACAACCCACCUUUGUCACGUGAGGUUUGAAUAUAUGCAACUUUAUGUGAGUGUCUUUAUUUGUGGAAAAGGGUGUUUGUCUUACUAGUGGGUCCAACCUUACACACACACCAAAUCCAUCUGUGCUUAUAUGAGAGAGUGUGAAGGACACCCUCUGCAGCGCUUACAGUGACACUUGUUGAGAAGCUGCCCUCUGUCGCCAUCGUGUGGCAUUACUGUCUUCAGACAUCCCUUAAUCUCUUUGACUACUUCACGAAAAUUGUAAUACGCCUCGCCAGUGGCGGAUUUAAAGGUGAGGAGAGGAGCUUAUGUGAUUUGCGAAAACAGGUCUCAGCUGUGUUAAACCCACUCAACGCCUUCUCUCCUCCCUCUCUACGACUUGCGCUGCUGGGAGGAGCUGAGUUAGGGAGAGGGGAUAGAUACGCCGGGCUGCACCGCUCACCAAAAUACCAAAAUGUGCUUGGACGCGCCUUGUCGGCGCGGCGGACCUGACUUAUGCCGCGCCUAUGCCACGCCCCCAGCGAGGAACGAAAAUAGAGCCCAUGGAGUUUGUCUUGGUUUCAGGAGCGUUUUUUUUUUUUGCCUUACCCACAAAAUGCUUACCCUGUCCUUUGCUUUGCCUUGAGAUCCAAGUCUCCGCUUUGUUUUUACAUGAGUGUGUCCCUUUUUUUAGGGUAUCGUCAGAAAUAUUUGCAAAGACAAGAUUUGCUGUGCAAUCCCCCCCCCAUGAAGCACCUUUGGAUUCCCCUUCUCUGGCACUCUGUAGCAUGUGGAUUUUAUGGACGGUUGUGAGUUCUGAUGUUUGUCUGUGUGAUUUUGUCCUCUCUUUUUGAAGGGAUUGUGAAUGUUUACUGGCAUGUUGAGGAAACAUAGUUUAUAAAUCUGGUGGAUUGUAAACCUUAAUGUAGUUACCUCUAUUGGUCUUGUUACAAAGAUGAUCGUAUCUUUUGGUGUUAGACAUGCGACGAAAGAGAAGCCCUAGUUGAAAAAAGAAAUGUGCCCUGAAUGUAAAGUUUAGUUUUUAGAGAUUUGGACGGUAAGAAGAGGCAUUACUCAGGCUGCUGUGCCUUUUUAGGGUUUGAGGUAAGCCAAUUCCUGUGAAGUACAAUCAUUUCUGACAGUUUUCUAUUAGUCCUCUAGGAGGAGACAGAUACCAGCACUGUUCUGAUUUGUGUUAAUCUGUAAAAGACUUUGUUGUUGUUGUUGGUUUUUUUCCCUGUUUACUGCCUGAGAAAGCCGGAGAAGACACUGUGGUUAAAAAGUUCACUCUAUAUUUUGUUUAAUCAUUAUUCUUUAUUUGGUUUAAAGCUAGCAUGAUUGGACUUCAGUAAAUUAGCUGUGUGAAAAUAUGUUCUUUCUAUUUAAAGGGGGUUAAAUGUAUGGGAACAAUUUCAUUUCCAUAGUAUAAAGUGAAGUAAUCACUAUAUACUAUGGAGAAGUAGGUUCCUCCUCUGUAACAGUUUUCACAUGAUCCAACUUUCCAAGUACUGAAAUCGACAAAUUGACACAAAAGAGUGACUGAAAGAUUAAAUUUAUUGAGUUACAAAUAAUCCCUCAGAAAUACAUGUUCUAGGUGACAGGACAGACAUUAAUCACAGGUGUAAAUGCAGUCCAGACAAAUAAAAAUAAAUAUCAAAAACUUCCUUGUU